UUGUUCUGAAUCGUUGUACCUGUGAACGGAGUCUGCUGUGCCAUCGCGGGAUGGUUAUUUGCGCGCUUGAAACGCAUGGAGUAGAAUUUAAAAAGACGCAAAAUCUGCCGAAUAAUGAGGUGCCCUUGGGUUAUUUGUGCCUCAUAUGUCAUCUUUCUGCCUAUUACAGCGUGGAGCAAACCUGUCAUCUUCCCCAGCGAGCCUCACAUAGUGGUUCCCAAGAAGGGGAAGCUGCAACUGCGUUGCCAUGACAACACCACAGUGUCCGGAGUCCCAUUACUGUUAAGGUGGCAAAGGGAGAAGAACCGCAAGCUUGAGGGAGAGGUCGAGGAGGGCAAGGUAGCUUCCCUCAGCUUGUCGGGGAUCCAGGCCCAACAGAUGGGUUGGUAUGUGUGUGUCAACAACAACACCCUGGAGAACAGUUCAAUCUUCGUUUACGUUAAAGACCCUGACAGAGCUUUCCAGCACACCAUGAUGAGCAGCAUUCUGGUUCGGGCUGGUGAGGACUGCAUCAUCCCGUGUCUCGUGACCGACCCUGAGGUCGCCAAUCUGUCUUUGGAAACCUGCGAUGGACGACCUUUGCCUUCAGGAAUGGUUUACAGUGGGAAUCUGCAGCGAGGCAUUAUCAUCCACAAUGCUAGGGAGGAAAUUAAGGGCUGCUACAGAUGUGUGGGACAACUCGGCGGAAACAGAGUCAUGUCUGUCUCCUACAGCGUUGAUGUUCGACCUGUGCCAGAAUUGCGGCCAGAGGUCAGCCUGUCGCACAAAGACACGGUCAUCCUGAAGACAGGCGAGGCAUUUGAGCUUACCUGCAACUCCACCAAUAUCAACUCAGAAUUCAGUCUUACUUGGGACUUUCCUUCAGCAGCGAAUCCUCUGAAGUCCCAGAUCUCACACAUCCUGCCCAGCUCCCGCGCCUAUUUACGUUCAACCACGCUCUCCAUAGCAACCGUCAGCCAAUUAGAUUCUGGAAUUUACCGCUGCCGCGCCCAAAAUGAGAAAGGUCACAGUGAUGCAGCAGUGGAGCUGGAUAUACUUGAUCAGGGGUUUAUUACAGUUUUAGGAAAUCAUAGUCCAAUCCAAGAUGUCAAAGAAGGGGACAGCCUGACCCUCAGGGUGGAAUUUAAGGCCUAUCCUUCACCACGCUCCAUCUUCUGGUCCUACAACAAGGAGCACCUCCUCAACACGACAGAGCAUGUCAUCACUGUCCACCGCCAGAAAUACAGUUUCACCAGUGAGCUGAGACUGGUGAGGGUCCUCAGCUCUGAGGGCGGGGUCUACACGUUCUCAGUCAGUAAUGGAGACGCAUCGGUUGACCGCUCAUUUCACGUAUACGUCAGAAGUAAGCCUGCUAUCAUUGCGCAGGAGGGGCCAGUUGAUGGUCAGGUCCGCUGCAUUGCCGCCGGUUAUCCAGUACCUAAAAUUAGCUGGUACUUCUGUGAGCUGCCUCACACAAGGUGCUCCAACCUACCCAACGCCACCCAAUGGGAGACCCCAGAGGUCACUGUACUGUCAGAGUCAGCGUUUGGCAGGAGUGAGGUGGAGAGCCGCCUGAACGUCAGCAACGAGCACGUUCAGUACCACACUCUGGAAUGUGUGGCUUCCACGCAGGGAGAGGAAGCCUACACUCUGUUCACCAUCAGAGAACGCAUUGUCCCCCAUAAACUCUUCACACCUCUCCUAACUGGCAUGUUGGCUACUGGCGUCUUCCUCAGCGUCAUUCUUGUGGUGCUUGUCUAUAAGUAUAUGCAGAAACCAAAGUUCCAGAUUCAGUGGAAGGUCAUUGAAAGCAUUAAUGGAAACAACUACAUCUACAUCGACCCCCUCCAGCUGCCAUAUGACCUGAAAUGGGAGUUUCCUCGACAGAAGCUUCGCUUUGGUAAAGCUCUGGGCUCUGGGGCGUUUGGAAAGGUGGUCAGGGCCACUGCAUAUGGACUUUGCUCUGCAGAUACUGUCACAACUGUUGCUGUUAAAAUGUUGAAACCUAAUGCCCAUUCCACGGAAAAGGAAGCGCUGAUGUCUGAGCUGAAGGUUCUUAGUUAUCUUGGAAACCAUGUGAACAUUGUGAACCUGCUGGGAGCCUGCACUGUUGGAGGCCCAAUUUUGGUGAUCACAGAGUACUGUUGCUAUGGCGACCUGCUCAACUUCCUCCGAAGGAAAAGAGAGUCAUUCCUAAACUCCCAGGUUGGGGAUAGUUACUAUCGCAACGUCUCCAAGCAAUCUGAGCCGACAAGCAGGGAUGCAACUGGUACAGGAUACAUCCCCAUGCGUCCCUCUGAGAAAGAAAGAUCCUCUCAGUCAGAUUACAUAGAUGAGCUCUCUCUGGAUGCUGAAGACCUCCUCAGCUUUUCCUACCAGGUUGCCAAAGGAAUGGAGUACAUUACCUCCAAGAAUUGUAUCCACAGGGAUCUUGCAGCGAGAAACGUUCUGCUGACUCAUGGCAGGGUGGCGAAGAUCUGCGACUUCGGCCUUGCCCGAGACAUCACCACUGACUCCAGUUAUGUACUCCGGGGAAACGCUCGCCUGCCUGUCAAGUGGAUGUCUCCUGAGAGCAUUUUCGACUGCGUCUACACCUUCGAGAGCGAUGUGUGGUCCUACGGCAUCCUGCUCUGGGAAAUCUUCUCUCUGGGAAAUAGCCCAUAUCCAGGGAUGCAGGUGGGAUCUGCCUUUUACAAGAUGAUUCAAGACGGCCGCAGGAUGGGGAGACCAGAGUUCGCUCCAAUUGAGAUGUACGACAUGAUGCUGUCCUGCUGGAACGACGACCCUCUGAAGAGACCUUCCUUCAGAAAACUGGUGGAGAGAACCGAGCUGCUGCUGUCAGAAAACACCAAGAACGUAUACCUGACUCUGAGCAACACUCCAAAUGCUAGUGAGCAGCAGAGGGCGCCAUCGCGGAGGCUUAGCUCUGUGUGUAGCACCACAGCUCCUACCCAGCCUUUACUGCAGAACACAGUUGACGUCUUCCUGGACUACGUCUGACACACACACACACACACACACACACACACACUCAUGUAUAAACAAACCAACAACGUCAGCUCAUUCACACCUCAUGUCUAACUAAUACCACAAAAACACAUGUUCAUUGAGCAACAAAACCUCCAAACUUACUCCUAAAUGCUGGCAGUCUUUCAUCUCAGAUGCUCACAAAACACUCAUGCACAUAGUACUGUAUAUAUAUGUAUAUAUACAGGCCUUCACUGGGCUAUAAGCCUCUAAUUACUCUUCCCAUUGGUGUAUUGAUUGUUGUGGUAGAUAUUUCAGGUGCAUGUCUAUAUAAAGCAGACGGCAGCACUAACAGAACAUCAGAUGCAUCAUCACCCAGAAACACUGGGGGGGAAUCUGGCUCACAUUCAGCCUUACAUCUUAAGAUACUUUGACUGAAAGUACAAGUACAUAUAUAACUAAGGAGGGAUGAUGUUUGACUAAAGAAUAGAUGAGGUACUGCUGACUACUAGAGAUGUUUUUGUGAGGGAUUUGUUUCACUUUGUACAGAACCAGUAGUUACAAUUAGGCCGAUAUUCUUGUUGAGGGAUGACUGUGAAGGCACUAAGGUGACUUCAAGUUCUCUUGACGAAAAAUAUUCGCCAUAACAUCCAUAUAUUUGUGAGAGAUUAUUUUUUAACAGGCCUUUGCAUACAUACUUUCUCUGUAAGGCAAAUGUUGACCUUGCAGAGAAAACAGUGAGCCAUAAAACAUAAAAGUGGUGUUAAAGCAACAAUCCUCAACAUAAUUUAAAGCCAUAAGUUACAGUGCCUUGCAAAAGUAUUUUUAAUCCUUGAACUUUGUCACAUUUUUUCAGGUUGUAACCAUAAACCUUAGUCAACUUUAUUGGCAUUUAUGUGAUAGAGAUGAAAGGGGAAUAGUGUUGAGUUUUUUAAAAAACGAUUUAGAAAUUUGAAGCUGAAAAAUGUGGUGUGCAUUUGUUUUCAGGUCCUCUGGGUCAAUACAUUGUAAAUUCACCUUUUGCUGCUGUUACAGCUGCAAGUCUUUUUGAGUUUUGUUUCUACCGUCCUUCAGUAGGUAGAGACUAAAAUUUGUACCCAGAGUCAGACUGGAUGGAGAGUAAAUAAUCAAAUCCUCCUGUGGAUUCUACAUUAAAUAUAGGUCCUACUCUCACAUUGUUUGCAAUCCCUUACAGGUUUUCUUUCUGAACUGCUGUGCUUAACUAAAUCCACCAACAGUAACCAGGCUCCUUAUCCGUAUCGAUGAGAAGCAUUCCCAAAGCAUGAUACUGCAACAGUCUCCCUGUGGGGAUUGUUUGUUCAGGGUCAUGUGAAGUGUUAAGUUUUGUGGCACACAAGGUUUCCCAUAUAGGUCAGAAGGUUUGGUUUCAAACCUCCUUCCUUGUUGCAAACUGGAAACAAUUUAUUAGGAAUUUGUAGCGCUAAUACUUCUGUGGACUGAUUCUCUCGCUUUAGAGCCAUCAUGAUCCUCCUAUUUGCUUCUCUGACUGAAGCUGUCAUUACUCUGCCUUUAUUUUAGAUUAAGUGGAUGUCCAUAUCUUGCACACUCUUCUCAGAUUUUAUCUAACAAAAUCUUGGAAACCAUGUAUCAUUUACCUUCCGUUUCACAAUGAUAUCCUAAAAAUAGUCGUGUCUUGUACAUAAAAUGUGGUUAAGUUGCACUACAGUGACAAAAUGUGAGACAGUACAACAGGUAUGAAUACUUUAGCAAGGUGAACACUGAUUCCCAUCUAUGUGUUGUAGCUUCUUAUACUGUGACUAACUGAUUCAUUAUCAUGUGUAUAUCCAGAAUAACUUCUUUAGCAAAGCCACUAAGGCUGAGGAUUUAGGUCUGAUUGUGUGCUUUCUGUUGUCAAAUGUGUAUGCAAUGUAAAUAAAAUAGAGAUGUGCCUUUAGACUUUUUUUUUUUUUUGUUAAACUGGAUCUAUUAUCUCCUGACUGUUAGUGUUGAGACAAUGAGCAGACAUUUCCUCUGCAGUUUGGUUUUUGAGAUCAUUGCAGUUUUGAUACGGUUGGUUGAAUUGUAAUAAUAAAGAAAGCACUUGUGAUGGUUGAAA